GGGCCGGUGCAUCUGCAAACACAACACGCAGGGGUUAAACUGUGAACAGUGCCGGGACUUUCAUCAUGAGUUGCCCUGGAGCCCGGCUAGGGCUGAUCACCCACACACCUGCAAAGUGUGCGACUGUAACAAGCACUCUGCCCGCUGCCACUUCGACAUGGCGGUGUACAGGGCGACGGGCAAUGCCAAUGGCGGCGUGUGCGAGGAUUGCCUCCACAACACCAUGGGCAAGAACUGCGAGCUGUGCCGGCCAUAUUACUACCGAAACCCAGCGGCAGACAUCCGCUCCCACAACGCCUGCAUCCCCUGUGACUGUGACCCUGUGGGCUCGCUGGAGGGAGGGGUGUGUGAUGGUGAUACUGACCUGGACUACAGCAGCAUUGGCGGUCAGUGCCGCUGCAAGGACAACGUGCAGGGAGCUCGCUGUGACCGCUGCAAGGACGGCUACUACGGUCUGAGCCUGGGCAACCCGCUGGGCUGCCAAGCCUGCCGCUGUGACCCCCGGGGGUUGGCGAUGACCGGUUCCUCCUGUGACCCCGUCAGUGGCGACUGCGUCUGCAAGAGAUACGUGACUGGACGUUACUGUGACACCUGCCUGCCUGAGUAUUGGGGCCUGGGCAACGACCUGGGGGGCUGCCGUCCCUGCGACUGUGACUUCGGGGGCUCGUACAGUGACAGGUGUGAGGGGGUGAGUGGGCAGUGUGACUGCCACCCCCACAUGUCCGGCCGGCAGUGCCAGCAGGUGGAGCCUGGCUUCUACUGCAUGCCCCUUGACCUGUUCACCUACGAGGGCGAGGAAGCCCAGCCCCGCUCACCCUCCGACCGACUGCCCGGAGGAAAGAAGCGUCUGGUGGAGGAAGACUGCAUGGACAUGAACAACCUACAGGCUCUGGGCAUCCGGCGUCGGAGACAUAGGCAGGGGACCCACCGCUCCCCAAAGCCAUGGGUGGAGGUGGUGAGGAGAGAGUGGCCGCUGAACGGUAUGGUCACGUGGACGGGGCUGGGCUUUGCCCGGGUACGGGAAGGAGCCGGCCUCACCUUCCUGGUCAGCAACAUCCCCCGCGCCAUGGACUACAGCCUGCUGCUGCGCUACGAGCCCGAGUCAGCUGAAGACUGGGAGGCCAUCAUCAAGAUCCACACGGUGGGGUUACCCACCACGUACCGCUGCGGGAACCUGCUGCCACACGGCCGACCCUACAGACUCACCCUGCACCACACGGAGAGACACAUCAUGGUGUCCAGCCCAUUCUGCUUUGAGCCCAGCAUCCGUUACGAGAUCAGCAUCCGGUUCCAGCGGCUCCUGGCCCCAGACUGGAACUCUAACACCAUCCUGGUCGAUUCCCUGGUGCUGCUACCCCAGUACACGGAGCUGCCGGGGUUCGUGGGGUCGGGGCCGGAGGCACAGGCCCGGCGCCAGGACAUGGAACGUUACCGGUGCCUGCAGUCGUUCACUGCAGCCGGCAUGCCCGCCCUCGCCGACGUCUGUAGCCGUCUCCUGUGCAGCAUCUCCACCCUCCUGCACCACAGUGCACUGCCCUGUGAGUGUGACCCUCAGGGUUCCCUCAGCUCGGAGUGCACCAGGGUUGGGGGCUGCUGCCGCUGCAAGCCACACGUGAUGGGGCGGCGCUGUGACCACUGCUCUCCCGACACCUUCGGCUUCGGGCCGGUCGGCUGUGUCCCCUGUGAGUGCAGCGCCGAGGGCUCGGUGCACGGCAUGUGUGAUGGGGAUAGCGGGGCUUGCAGCUGCCGCUCAGGUGUGCGGGGCCGGCGCUGUGACCGCUGCUUCCCGGAUCACUGGGGCUUCCCCACCUGCCGACCGUGCCGCUGCAACGGACACGCCUUGGAGUGCGAUGCCGGCACUGGAUACUGCCGGGACUGCAUGGAGCACACGGGCGGCCGGCACUGCGAACGGUGUGUUGCCGGUUACUAUGGAGACCCGGUGCUGGGGUCAGGUCAACAGUGCCGGCCCUGUCCGUGUCCGGACUACCCCGACAGUGGGCACUACCACGGAGUGUCCUGCCACGCCGACCUCUCCUCCAGUCACAUUGUCUGUCUCUGUGAGACCGGCUACACCGGUAAGGACUCUUCCCCCAGUGACAACACUCAGUGGGUCGGGCAGCGUCUGUGGGUGGAGAAACAGUCCAUGGCGGGGGAGGGAGGGAGG